CUACUAGAAAAAGUUUUGUAUUAUUGUGCUAAUAUUCUUGUUUUUUGUUAAUAACAUAUGCUAGCGAUAUAUUAUCGGCAUUUGAAAAACAAUAAAUAACACAACAGAUUUGAAAGCAUACGCUAAAAAUGUCAAACAAUAAAUACUAAAACAUUUUUAAUGUUGUCAACAUAACCUUUGAGAAACCAUAACCUGUAAAAACAACAAUAAAAAUGACAAGGUGAUAAUUUCAGUUUUAAAAUGAAUUCUACAUUAAAUAAUGAAGAAAAUGAUGAAAAUAAUACUGCCAAUAGUAAAAAUAAUCAAGAAACAAUUGAAUCUUUAACGGAAAUCGUAGAUGAAUUGUAUAAGUUUCGCGACUAUUAUUUUGAAGAACACCCUCUUGACAAUGCACUAGAAAAAAGUAAGGACAUAGAAAAUAAACUCCAAAAUACCUUAGAUAUAUUGAACCGAAAUGCAGAAUAUGCCGUAAUUGAACAUCGAGCCCGUUAUUUUUACUUGAAAGGAAGAGCUUUAAAUGUAUUGCCAAAGUACAACAAAGAUGCUGAAGAUCUCCUUCUCAAGGCUGUUAAACUAGAUCCAAAACUUGUGGAAGCUUGGAACGAACUUGGGGAGUGCUACUGGAAGAAAGGAAAUUUAAAAGAAGCAAAAAACUGUUUUGUGGGAGCUUUAAAUUAUACAAAAAAUAAAAUCUCUUUGAGAAGUUUAUCUAUGUUGGCAAGACAAGAAAUAUGUAAUAACAAAGAUGAGAUGCUUAGUAAUAUUGAAAAAGGCUUGACACUAGCAAAAGAGGCAGUACAAAUGGAUCCUCAAGAUGGCCUUUCUUGGGUUGUCUUAGGAAAUGCACAUUUAUCAGCAUUUUUUGGGAUCUCACAAAAUCCAAAGACUUUAAAACUGUGCCUCAGUGCAUACUCUCAAGCGGAAAGGGAUAUUAUUGCCAGAAGUACACCUGAUUUACACUACAACAAGGCCAUUACACUAAAAUAUGAAGAGGAGUUCCUACAGGCACUUGAAUCAUUUAGUUUAGCAUCCAAUUACGACCCUACAUGGGAACCACCACAACAGAAAAAGAAAGAACUGAUUAAAUAUUUGAAUAACGUUUCUGAAAUGGUAAAGACGUCAGGAAAAAUGAAAGUUAAAAGAUUGAAACAAAUUGUUCAGUCAAUUGAUAACAAGCAGUUAGGGCCUUAUAGUGGUGGAAAAUACACAUCUUCAGGUGGCCAAGCUGUGAAGUUAGAUGAAGUAUUACUCUCAAAUUUAUCAGUAGGUUUAAAUGAAGAAAAGGUAAUGCUAGGAAAAGUUGUGUGCUCCAUUUAUAAUGAAGAUAAAGUUCCAUUUACUUUUUGUAUGGUAGACAAGCAAGGCGAAUGCUGUGCAGUGACUGUAUUUAACAUUGCUGAGACAAAAGGUGUAAUUAUUGGUGACUCAGUAGCAAUUCCAGAGCCCUUCAUUACGGAAAUCGACUUUAGUUUUGAAGAAAACACCUUCAAGUUCAGACUCAUUAGAGUGGAAACGCCCUGUGUGUUGGUCGUGAAUGGUAAAAAAUUAGGUAAAGAAUAUCAAGCUGGAGUCCAGAUGUCGAUAUUCCGAAAGUUUGAUUAAUCUUAUAUGAUUUGUGAUUUGAUCUGUUUUUAUUUAUAUUUUGAUGUUUUAAGAAAAAUCCUGCUUCGUUUUCUCCCUUUUCUAAAAUACAGCAAACUUACAAUUAAUUGCUUUUAAUUAAUGUAACAUUUUGCAAUAAUAAUUAAUUAUUUCCUCCGUCGCCAUUUACUACAACAUAAAAAUAAAGUUGACUGCAUGCUGUAUUAGCUAUAGGAAAAUAAGUUAUUUACUCAUAUUGUAAGAAGUUUCAUUUUCUAAUGUACGAAAACACAAUUGCACUUUUUAUACAAUAAAUAUAAAAUUAACAAUAA